AUGUCUUCAGGUAAGCCAAUCACCAUAUAAUGUUGUGUUAGGUUACUUUGUUUUAUAAUAAGUCCAAGUCUUAUAACUUUCUCUAGAUUUUGAUCUGGAAGAUGAGGUGGAAGAGGUCCGAGAGAUGUUGUACGACAUCUUGAAGAAGGCUGGAGCUCAAGGAAUCGAGGCGACGGAGUUGGCUAAGGAAUAUGACAAACAGUUUGUAGAAUGUGGCAUAGGACAACCUUUACCGUCAGCAUGGUUAAGGUACAUCAAGGUGGCGGACGAGUUCGACAUGCGGCAUGAAGGAGACAAGAUCUACAUUAGUGUUAUACAAAGGGACAACGUUCCGAUACAAGAAAAAGCAAGUAUAUUUGACUUAUAUUGUUAUUGAUGUAGGGACAGAGGGGAACGUAGAACACCAGCUACUUAAGCUACUUAAAAUUUAUUUUUAUGGAACAUAAUUCAAUUAAAAAUAGGACAAUCGAAGUACUAUAUGUGCAUUAUUUCGUAUAUACUUUAUCUUUCGUUUUGUACAGUAUAACUUAUGAUAGUUAUAGGUUGCUUCUAUUGUAAAAGAAGCUUUGAGCAAGGAUGACGAAGAAGUUGUUGACCAAGACGUCAAACUACAACCUCUGCCAUUGUCUAGCAUGCCUCAGGCUAAAACGAAAGUCCAUAUUCUGGCUGCUACAGACCCCAGUAACAUCAGUAUACGAUUGUGUUCGUGGGAUCCUAUGCCUGAUUACCUAUACCAAGCCUUGGCCAAAGACUUUUCGGACGAAAACAAGAAACGAAAGCGAAUCAAGACAGUAGAAGGCAGAAUCUGUGUAGCCAAGCUGCCCAACGGAUCUUGGGAGAGAGUUCAGAUCAUCAAGCCGAGUGUCACGAUGGGUCACAAAGGCUACUGGGUGGUGUUUGCAGUAGAUGUCGGAGUAUUCCACUUGGCACACGAAAAGUAUUUGCAGCCCUUAAGUGAAGGAGUGUGUGCCAUUGACAAACUGUUGUUGGCCAAGUGUCAGGUAAGUAUACUUUGACAACAAUUUUAAUUUUUAGGUAUAAAAAAUUUCGCUUAAAGUUACAGCAAACAAUUUGGUACUAAAAUACGGCGAUUAAACGCUUAAAAACCCCAAAACAUUUGCUUUAAUUUCAGCUAGCCGGCAUAAAGCCAAAUAACGAGACAGGUAUUUGGUCCCGGAAUGCUCAACAAGCUAUAAAUAACUGGUUGAGUGACGUUCAGGGUACCGAGGUAGAACUAGAACCAGUUUCCGAAUGGACGGCUUCAAAAGAAGCCGUGCCAACGGUAAAAGCCCGCAUUUUAGUUGACGGGACUGAUCUGUCAAAGAAACUGAUUGAUAACGGAUAUGCACAGAGCUCUGAUUAG